AUGAGGAACCCCUGCCUAUUUCUGGUGUCUUCUCUCUUCAUUCCUACUUUUUUCCUGUUAAUUCCUCAAGGUUUCUGUGGACAAAUAAUUGGUGGCCACGAAGUCACUCCUCACUCAAGACCCUACAUGGUUCUAAUUAAAACAGACAAGAAAAAGAUUUGUGGUGGAGCUUUGAUUGAAAAGAACUGGGUGUUGACAGCUGCUCAUUGUACCAUAAACAACAAGACCCAGAUCAUCCUUGGGGCUCAUGCACAGAACAAAAGUGAACCAGGAAGACAGAUAAUAAAUGUUAGGAAAAAGAUCCCCUACCCAUGCUAUGAUCAAAGCACACAUGAAGGCGAUCUUCAGCUUCUGCAGCUGAACCAAAAAGCAACAAUUAAUAAAAAUGUGCGACUCAUUCAUCUACCAAGAACUUGGAAUGACCUGAAGCCAAACACAAAGUGUCGAGUUGCAGGAUGGGGAAGAACUCAAAACAAGUCCCCGAUGUCUAACACUCUGAGAGAAGUCACUGUCCUGGUCAUAGACAGAAAAGUUUGCAAUGAUCCAAAGCACUAUAACUACAAUCCUGUAAUUGGGCUAAACAUGUUUUGUGCUGGAAACCUCAAAGGAGGAAAUGAUUCAUGCAAUGGUGAUUCUGGAAGUCCUCUGAUAUGUGAUAAUAUUUUCAGGGGCAUCACUUCCUUUGGCUUGAAAGGGAAAUGUGGAACCCCUCAGGGACCGGGCAUCUAUACUCGUCUCUCAAAGAAGUACACAGACUGGAUCAUUACAACAAUGAGGGGGUUUGUGUAG